AUGAAACGCGAGAAGAGACAACGUAUUGAGGCAGAUCCCAUCCCUCUUGACCUAGAGGAGGCUAUACUCACUAAAUUGCCUGCCAAGUCUCUUAUGAAGUUUCUAUGCGUGUCAAAGACGUGGUAUUCCAUCAUCCGAAACCAAAGGUUCGUCAAUUCUUACUACGCUAUGUCCUCCACUAUCCGAUCAUCGCGGUUUACAAUCGCUUUCUGCUGCGGUUCACAAGCCAAAUUUGAUGACUGGCGUUUGUUCGUCUUCUCAUCUUCCUACGAAGAUGAGAAAUAUUCUUCUUUGGCAACCACUCUCCAUAUGACAAUACCUUCAGUGUAUAGCGCCUCCGGCUGUCUUUCUGUCCAUGGCUUAAUCGGUUGUACUAUUAGUGGUCCGUUCAUUGUCUGUAACCCCAGCACCAACAAAUACACUAUCCUACCAUGUGUCGGGCCACGCACAUUCUUGGGAUACGAUCCUGUUGGAGAUCAAUUCAAAGCAUUGACCAUGGUGUCUUAUCCUCCUCCUCCUCAGCCUCAGGAUUUUCUAGUGUACGAGGUUUUAACACUUGGAGGAGGAGAAUCUUCAUGGACACGCAAUACGUUCACCAGCCCGCCUCAUUUCACUGUUACCAACUCAAAAUGUAUCAAUGGUUUCGUGUAUUAUGCUGCUUGGACCCCAACCCGAACUACAAAUCCGGUGAUUGUUUGUUUUGAUGUUAGAUUUGAGAGACUGAGGUUUAUCAAAGCGCCUAUGGCUGUUGUUUGUUGGGAGGGUGAGUCUAUUCUCAUAGAAUACAAAGGCAAGCUAGCUUCCAUUGCAAGACACCCUCAUGCUGAUUUCCGUAGUUUUGAUUUAUGGAUACUAGAAGAUGCGACGACACAUGAUUGGUCCCAGCAAACAUUUGAGCUUCCUUUCUCUUUGGGGAUGGGUAGGAAUAUCACUUCCCCGGGCACUAACAAAGCUGGUGAAAUCAUUUUUGCACCAAAACGCCUCUCAAAUGAUGCUCUACCAUACUACAUUUUUUACUACAAUGUUGAUAGAAAAGACAUGAGAAGAGUUAGGCUACUAGGAAUUGCUGACGAUGAAGAGUUUAGGCGCCGUUACACGAUCGCAGGGCAAUGUUACGUCUCCAUCUCACCCGAACACGUCGAAACUAUUGCCUCUCUAUGA